CAACAGCUCAAUCAGCUCGACGGCACCGAGAAGAGAAAACUGGUGGCGGUAAAGGCGGAGUACGAACUGAUUACGAAGUUCUUGGCAGUGGUGCGGCGCAACCAAGACGAGACGGUGUACGACAACCACAAAAUCGAAACCAAGGGUCAGCUUGCCAUCGUCAUGGGAAACUACCACCUCGCCUGCGCAACUUGCCGAGCGAAACCCAACAUCGAGUAUCACUUCCAAUGCCACCGCUGCGACGAUGGCAAGCGGUCCAACAUCGUGCACAUCUUUGACUGCCACGGCUGCGACGACGGCAACGUGCGCAUAUUCUUGCACUUUCGUUCCGCGCAGUUCGUGCUCACGCAGAAGGAGUCCGAGAAGUCACAGCAGGAGAACCUGAAGGCGGAGCACGAGCCGCGCACGAAGCUCAUGGACGAGUCGCGGGCGGACACAGUCAAGGAUGACAUUGCCGACGUCGCUGGAACGGAGCAGUACCACGAUAGGCGCAACGACGAGCCUUUCGCCGACAUGCGUUACGGA